ACGAUGAGCAGUGUUAAAGAUAGUGAACAAUACAAUUUCUCAGCUGAAAUUAAUCAGCUGAUGGGCAUUAUUGUAAAUACUCUUUACAGCAACAAAGAGGUUGCUAUCAGAGAAUUGAUUUCUAAUGCUUCUGAUGCUUUAGAUAAGAUUCGAUAUGAAUCUUUGACCAAUCCAGCAAUUUUAACGGUAGAACCAAAAAUGGAAAUCAGUAUUAUUCCCGACAAAGAAUCUAAAACUUUGAUAAUUCAAGAUACUGGUAUUGGUAUGACUAAGGAAGACAUGAUAAAAAAUCUUGGUACAAUCGCUAGAUCUGGAACUAAAUCAUUCAUGGAAUGCAUUACUUCAAGCAGCGCUGCAUCAGACUUCAACCUUAUUGGACAAUUUGGUGUUGGAUUUUAUUCAGCUUAUUUAAUCGCAGACAAAGUUACCGUUAUUUCCAAGCACGACAACGAUGAUCAAUAUAUUUGGGAAUCAUAUGCUGGUGGAACUUUCACUGUAACUAAAUGGAAUGAAGAUUCAUGCUACCCUAAGUUAACUCGUGGAACUUACUUAGUUCUUUCUCUCAAAGAAGAUCAACUUGAAUUCGCUGAAGAAAAGAAAUUAAGAGAAAUCAUUAAAAAACAUUCAGAAUACAUCAAUUUCCCAAUUCGCUUGUCUGUCAAGAAAACUAAAUCUGUCGAAGUAGAACUUGAAGGAGAAGAGUUAGAAGAAGCUAAGCGAAAAGAAGUUGAUAACAAAGAAGAAAACGAAACCGAACCAAAGAAAUACACAAAGACCAUAGAAGAGCAAACUGUGGAAUUUGAAACAAUUAACAGCACCAAACCUAUUUGGAUGAGAAAACCAGAAGAUGUUACUGAAGAAGAAUACGCAGCAUUCUACAAGACUCUUUCAAAUGAUUGGGAAAAGCAUUUAUGUGUAAGUCACUUCUCAGUUGAAGGACAAAUCGAAUUCAAAUGUGUUCUUUUCGUACCUAAGAGAGCUCCAUUCGAUCUUUUUGACACAAAGAAAAAGAGAAACAACAUUAAACUAUAUGUCAGAAGAGUCUUCAUCACAGAUGACGCCGAAGAACUUAUUCCAGAAUGGUUGUCUUUUGUCAAGGGAAUAGUCGAUUCAGAAGAUCUUCCACUCAACAUAUCUCGUGAAUCUCUUCAACAAAACAGAAUUAUGAAGAUUAUUCGUAAGAACAUUGUAAAGAAAUGUAUCGAAUUAUUCGAAAAGAUAACAGAUUCUAAAGAAGACUAUAAGGUCUUUUUUGAACAGUUUGGUAAGAAUAUCAAACUUGGUGUUCACGAAGACAGCAACAACAGAGCUAAAUUAGCUGAAUUACUCAGAUAUUCAACCACCAAAUCUGUCAAUGAAGAAAUUUCUCUUCGCGAAUACGUCGAUAGAGCCCCAGAAAGUCAAAAAGCUAUAUACUACAUUUCUGGUGAAAACAAACAAGCACUUAUCAACUCUCCUUUCUUGGAACGUCUUAACAAGAAGAACUAUGAAGUUAUUUUAAUGACUGACCCAAUUGAUGAAUACGUUGUACAACAAUUAACUGAAUACGACGGAAAGAAAUUUGUAUGCUGUUCAAAAGAAGGCAUGAACCUAGUUGAAGAUGAAGAAGAAAAGAAGAAACUUCAAGAACUCAAAGACGAGUUCGAACCUUUGACCAAUGUCAUCAAAGAAAUUUUGCAUGACAAAGUUGAAAAGGUUGUUAUUUCUGAACGAGUAACGAAUAGUCCAUGUGUCUUAGUCACCUCCGAAUACGGUUGGAGCGCUAACAUGGAACGUAUCAUGAAAGCUCAAGCUCUUCGCGACACUACUAUGUCUUCCUACAUGACUGCAAAAAAGACAUUAGAAAUUAAUGUUCACCACCCAGUUUUAAAGGAACUUAAAGUUCGUGUCAUGAACGACAAAAACGAUACUACUAUCAAAGACUUAGUUUGGCUUUUGUUUGAAACUGCUCUAUUAACUUCAGGUUUCUCUUUGGAAAACCCAGCGACAUUCGCGUCUCGUAUUCAUAAAAUGAUCCAAUUUGGCUUAAGUAUACAAGACUCUGAAUUCCAAGAACCACCUCAUCUCGAGAGCAUUGAGAUUUCUCAAGAAUCAGCAGCUAAAAUGGAAGAAGUUGAUUAA